GAUUCGUAACGAUAUAUUUUCAGAAUACCCGUAUGUGUCAUGGCGUCCUCCCCACCUUAUUGAGAUGCCUUGUGUUGUGGAGUCGAAUAGUCAAAUUUCCUACAGAUCCUAACGGCUAAUUUGCCCUGAAAUCGACUCCAUAAACACUAGCAUUAAUGGUAAUGCAUGCAAGAACACAUCCAAGGCUCCACGAUGGGUACCAUGAUAGAAACCGAGCCCAUCCAUACCAGACUGUUGGGAAGAACCCAUCCAAGAGCCAAUCUGGAAAUUACAAUGAAUUACGAAGUGAUAGAAGAAAGGAAUCGCCAAGUGUACGCCAGACGGACUCGCCGAGUAGCAGACAUAGUCGAAGCAACAGUGGCAGCCCGAGAAUCGGGUCACAGACAAGCAGUAAAUCGUCAUACUCCCAAAGGACUAAACAGAGAGGUUCCAGUAUAUCUCCAUCAGAAAACUCAACUAAUCAUCAAUCAAAUGCUGGCUCAAAUUCUCAUAGCAGUUCCGAUCGUCAUAGUAACCAUGAUAGAAAUAUCAGUGAGACUUUGGACAAGCUUAAUAAGGCGUGUGCUGAGUGGUCCGAUCAUAUCAGCUCAUCUGGCAAAAAAUAUUUUUAUAACUUCAGAACUGAGGUUUCACAGUGGGAAAAGCCCAAAGAAUGGGCACAGAGGGAUAUUUUACUCAAAGAGCUUCAAAAGCUCAAAGAGAGAAAAGAUUGUAUUAGUAGUAGUAGCAGCAGUAGCAGACCAAAAACUUUACAUACAAUUAGUAGCAGUAGUAGUGGCAGUAGAUCAAAGGGAAUUGAAUCUAAGCAUUCCAGCAGUGAUGCUAACAGGCCUGUACAGCACCAGACCCAGUCUAGCAGUCGUCAUUCAACGUAUGACAGACCAAGUCAACACAAACCAGUGUUGUCAGCGUUACAAAGAACGUCUGAUACAACACAACAAACUAGUAAUAGACAACAUGAACAUAAAAAUUCAAGAUCAAGUAACACACCGACGACGACAGAAACAACAAAGUCAUUACACAGGCAUAAUAUAGAAUCCCCUCUUGUACAGGAUAUGUCAUCACCGACCACUCCCCAGUCAACAAGUUCUCGACAUUCACAGCAUCAUCAUCAUCCACUCAAAUCACCGUUACUACAUCGACAGUCGUCCAAGUCACCAAUAGUUGUGAAUAGUAAUCAACAGGGUCCAAGAACAGAUGAACUUUCCUAUAAUGGUCAAUCUUUACAACAAAAGUUACAACAAGUAGAGAAAAAUAUUACAAGUGCAACAAAUCAAGCGUCGCCAAUGUCUUUAGCGUCUGCAGCGUCAGAUUUGUCAUCUCCGCAAUUUUCACCGCAUUCAACACAUGUUUCCACACCAUCAUUAUCUAAUAAACAACAGUUACAUGAGGAGAAAAGUUCGGACUCGCCUAAUAGCCAUAAAUCACGGGAAGCAAGUCCUGCACGGAGUAUAGGUAGCCAUACGUCGGGAGUUUGCCAUAGUAACCUUCCAUCAGCCCCACAACUACCGUCAUCUGUAUCGUUAACUUCAUCGUUGGUGCAGCAUUAUAAUGAAACUUUAACGAAUCAUGUACUUGGGUGGCCGGCCGAACAUCUUGAAAGACAGGCUCAGAGGUUUAAUGAAGAGGCACAUAUUAUUGGUAGUCAGAAUAGUUCACAAAUAUCUGUGGAUCUAAAGUUUGCUAGAUCAUUAGUAAGAGUUUCCGAAAUUCAAUCAACGUUACAAGAACAAAGGAUAUUAUUCUUACAACAACAGAUACAUGAACUUGAGAGGUUAAAGAAUGAAUCCACAUCUAAUACAUAACGGAUAAUAUGACUGCAAGAUUUGGUAUAAUUUAUCACUUAUGUUGCAUAUAUGUAAUCAGCUGACCCAUUGUUACAGACGUACAGGGUGUAAAUAAAACAAACAAAGCUGUUAUUGGUCUCUCCUCGUGCUCUGCUUUCUUUAUUCAUCAUUUAGCGAUUUCAACUUUUUGCUUCAAAGGGGCUGUAUAUUGACCUGUAUUUGUCUAUUUAAUUUUGCUGUCAAGCAUCCAGACAUGAAUUGUUUUACGGGAUUUAGAACACUUAAGUAUUUGUGUUUUGUCUUCCUCGCUGUGUCAUAUUGAAUGAGAUCGAAACUUGUAAUCGAUGAGAAAUUGUCCAUUUCAUUGAAAAUGUAAAAAAUGUACGAAACUUUGCACCAAUAGUCAGUUAAAAAAAAAUAGCGAUGUUUGUAGUUUUCCUGAAAUUUCUCCAGUGUGACCCCCACCCACUUUCGACACUUUCCCGCCCACCAUGAAAUUAAAAUAAUUACAAUUCAACAGCUUAUCAUAGUGUAUUGUAUUGUGUAAUGUGACUACAAUUCAGAAAAAAGUUAUUGAAAUAUAUCUUUGAAUUGUAUUGCCAAUCAUAUGCUAUAUGGUUUCUGUACAGUACAUGAAACUACUUAUUUGCUAUCUUAAAGGUUCAUCUCUUAUAGAUAUGCACAGAAAUUCAAAAUCAAAUAAAUUAUAUCAUUAACUAAAAUGACUUAUUUCAACUGAAUAGAGGCAGUCAUUUACCCAAGUGCUACUAAUAGAUCAAAUACGGUUUGCUGCAAACAUUAAUAUUUACACUACUAGAAAUGUGAAGUACAUUAUCCGUUAAAAUGUUUUGUUUUGUUUCCUGGUCUGAAAGUGCAGAGAAAAUGGGGUUCCAGGCGGGCAAGUAAAAUACACUACCAGGUCAAAUAAGCAGCAUGCAAAUAAUUUUCUAUAUAUGACUAUUCUACCAUUUGUUUUAUCUGAACUAAUAUUGUACUCGUCCGACUUGACGCCCGUGCUCGACUUAAGUGCCCACAACCUACUCUCAAAACACCCCAAAAUUGAACCGCCAUGUAAUGAAACCCUGUCAUUGAACAUUGUUUCUUUCCUGCAUAAUUAGCGUCAGUUGUGACUAUUGUACAUAGGAUGUAAACGGUAUUACAAGUGUUAAAUACUUUUUUGACACUCAGUUUGUUUUUUUUUAAAUUAUCUCGCCGUUUAUUAGAAAUCAGUAAUUCACUUCCAAAUUACGUUUUUCAAAACACAACUUAUUUCCAAUUUUAUUUUCUCCGAAGAUGUGCAAUAUUCUCCAUAAUCUGGUCAUGGUGAACAAGAAUUAUUUGGAUAAUUUUUCAUAGGUGGUUGCUCGAUGCCUAUCUUCUUGAAAACUAGCUUUCUUGACCCGAGUACCCCUAGCUCAAAGUCGAACGAGUAUGGUAAUUUGGUUAUUUUUUUUGAGAAAUCUACUGUGAUUGCUAGCUAUUUACCUUAUUCUCUUGUUGCAAAUUAAUUGAGCACAGUUUCAGCUUUGUUUGUUUUCACCCUGUUCAUUGACCCUCAUAAGUUUUAAUUUGAUGUGAAGGUGUACGAUAUCUUUGUGGUUCUUUCAGUUUGCGAUAAAAUUGCUGAAAACUCUGAAUUAAUUGUUAAAUAUUUUCUGUCAUAGAACCAUGCUGCGAUAAUUCUCCCCAGAGAGUUGGCGUUUUUUACGUACUUCACUCCCUCACUUGAUACAGCAAGUUGAGAAUCGCAUCUUUUACUGGACCAUACAACAAAAAUCGCACAAGACCAUUUUUGACCUUGUUUCUUUGGACCAAUAAUCUUGUACAACUUCAGUAACCUAGAGUUUCCUCAUCAGCAUUUGAAGUACGCAAUUACCGACAACUCUUCUGUUACACACUCUGUAUUUAUAACGUUUUGUAUCUUUGAAAUGUACAAGAUUUCAGCUAACGGCCGCGUUUUGGCCCUAUAAAUAUAUGCUCAAAAAGGUUUUAAAUGCAAGUACGCAUGUGUCUGCGUACUCAUCUGUGAGCUACUCGUCAAUAGUGACGCAACAGACUGUCUUAUUUAUUGAAGAAUAGGAGACUUACACAGAUUUGUAAAUGAAGCGUUUUUGUUUUUUUAAAUUAGUCUCCUUAAAGUUCAAAGACAAAUGCAAAAAAAAAAUGUUUGUUAGAAUCAGAGUUUAAACAGUGGAACAUCCAAAUAGCUAUUUUGAUCUGUUUUGUGGAGAGUUAGUUUUGGGGUUGAUGUUCAUAUUUUAUUUUAUGAUGUACCUAUUCUAAAUUCUAGUGUUUUUUUUGCCAAUUUUCCUGUUUCUUCCAAUAAAAUUGUACUUACACGUAUACCCCCCACUGCCACAUAAGAUGCUUGGUUCAUUUCAGGUCUAGGGAGUCUUUUGUAGCUUCACAACUGGUCUCUGGUAUCAUUGUUUGGUCUGGGGAACCCCCGCCUGUUUUUUGUUUGGCCUAGCGGGUCUUUAGUUUCAUCCCCCCUGGUUCAGCAAUUGUAGAUGACAUUGCUGCUGUUCUACAUACAUGUAUCUAUAACAGCAUAAAGGUUUGAUAAAAAAAAACAUUUGUGUCAAGAGUCUUGAACUUAACUAGUCUUAUGCCGAUUAUUGAUGAUAGAUAGCUCCAGGCUAAAGGUGUGGUGAGGUAAAAUGAAAUGAGUUGGCAAAGAUUCUGCUGUGGUUUCUUCAAUUUGAUUGACAAUCUGAUGUCUUAUAGACUGUUUUUCCAGUUAUGUAAAAUUAAUUUAAAUAUUAGAAGAAAAAAAAAAUGAACAAAUCCUCCUACCUGCAUCCAGUUAAAACUCGAGUUGGGUUCCCCUUGGUUAUUUUUAGAAAGCUGCUCAGUGGUACAGUGAGACUUGUUAGAUUGAUUUGACGAGAUUAAGAGGUUUACGUCUGGUUUUAAAUGCCUCGUCAAAGUAGUACUUGAAUGGAAACUUGCAAGAAUUGGUCCUCUUUCCUGUGCUGAACUUAGUCAGGAAUCCAUCUACGAGCAGAUCAUUCUACAACUGAUCGUGAUCAUUUGGAUCAUGCGACUAGCUACAAUUGUGGCCAAUCAAGACAAGUUGCAAUGGUGGGUGUCACUGAGAUUCAAGUACAAGAUAUGGGCAAGGUGGGCUGUUGGAAGUCAUGCAUGGAUUAGAAUCUUCAUUGUUUUGUAUUACAUUUCAUUGUAUUAUACUGUUCUUUUUAUGAAUGUAAUUGACACAUUGAAGGUGUAGGACAAAGGACAACUUUACUAGAUAACACAUGAUAUGCUUGUACGUUCGUCUCACACCCCUUUCUGUUUAAAAAUAAAAAAAGACCUUUUUUUCAUAAUG